AGCGCGCGGCUGCGCUCCAGCCUCGACGUCUGUUCUCUCGAAUCCAGCCAAAUUCGACUUUUCCCAUCCAUCCCCCCAUCUCCACGGUCGCGCCUCACCACCACCACGACCCAUCCCUGCCCGCAACGCGCCAUGGAGACGCCGCAGCAAGCACCGCAGGACGCGCUGCAGCUCGGCGCGCUCGCGUCCCAGAAUGCUCUCACGUCGCGGCUCCUUUACGGGCACGCAGCCGCCGCCAGCAGCAGCAGAGCUGGCGCCCCCGACGGACAGCAUCCGACGACGACGGCGACGACGACGGCGACGAUGACGACGAGCACCAAGCGCCAGAAGACGGCCGAGGACGACGCGUUCGAGGACCCUAUCAUGAAGCGCCGAUUCCUCGCCGAGUACGCCGAUGUGCAGACGCUGCCCGCGUCCCUCGCCGCGCGCCAGCCUGCCAAGAAGUCGGGGAGCAAGGCUGUCGUCAGGGCGGCGAAGCCUGGCAGCGGCCCCGUCGCAGGGGCGCCGAGGCCGCAGAAGCUGCUCGAGGGACCGGCCGGGUCAUCAUCGCCGUCGACAUCAUCCCCCGCGGCGGCUGGUGAUGUGGCCGCCGCCCCCAACAACAACAGCAGCAGCAGCAGCAACAUGAGCCUGGCGACGCGGGGCUCGGCGCAGCAGCAGUACCAGCAGAUCAAGCCCGAGUGGCACCCGCCGUGGAAGCUCAUGCGUGUCAUCUCGGGCCACCUGGGCUGGGUGCGCGCCCUGGCCGUCGAGCCCGGCAACAAGUGGUUCGCCAGCGGCGCCGGCGACCGCACCAUCAAGAUCUGGGACCUGGCGUCCGGGUCGCUGCGCCUGACGCUCACCGGCCACAUCAGCACCGUCCGCGGCCUCGCAGUCUCCCCGCGCCACCCCUAUCUCUUCUCGUGCGGCGAGGACAAGAUGGUCAAGUGCUGGGACCUCGAGACCAACAAGGUCAUCCGCCACUACCACGGCCACCUCAGCGGCGUCUACACCCUCGCCCUCCACCCGACCCUCGACGUCCUCGUCACCGGCGGCCGCGACGGCGUCGCCCGCGUCUGGGACAUGCGCACCCGCAGCAACAUCCAUGUCCUCAGCGGCCACACCCAGACCGUCGCCGACCUAAAGUGCCAGGAGGCCGACCCCCAGGUCAUCACCGGCUCCCUCGACUCCACCGUCCGCCUGUGGGACCUCGCCGCCGGCAAGACCAUGGGCGUCCUCACCCACCACAAGAAGGGCGUCCGCGCCCUUGCCGUCCAUCCCACCGAGUUCACCUUUGCCAGCGGCAGCACCGGCAGUAUCAAGCAGUGGAAGUGCCCCGAGGGCGCUUUUAUGCAAAACUUUGAGGGCCAAAACGCCAUCAUCAACACAAUGAGCGUGAACCAGAACAAUGUCUUUUUCUCAGGAGGUGAUAACGGCUCCAUGAGCUUCUGGGACUGGAAGUCUGGCCACCGCUUCCAGGCUCUGGACACGACGGCCCAGCCCGGCUCCCUGGAUGCUGAAGCCGGCAUCAUGAGCUCUACCUUUGACCGAUCAGGCCUGCGCCUAAUUUGCGGCGAGGCAGACAAGACAAUCAAAAUCUGGAAGCCCGACGAAAAGGCAUCGCAAGAAACGCAUCCGCUACAGUGGACGCCGACGCUGGCACGGCGCAAGUUUUGAGGGAUGGAUUCGUCGUUUUCUCACACAACCGGCGUCGGCUAGACAGGCGCGCCCGGAAAUCAUGUAUUGCGGCUUGAUACCCUAAACUACUGCUUGCAAGGCCCAUCACACCAUUAUUCCCAUGGCCUUGAGUUCGCCAUCGUCGCGCAGCGCCAUCUUGACCUCGUCGUCGGCAAUCGCCAGCCGCAGCUUACUCGAGCGCUCCGCACGAUGGGCCUCCAGGUUUAUCAGGCCUGCCGCCACUAGGUCCAGCGCCGCCGUGUGCACAUAGCUGGGCCUUGUGACGACGCGGUGGCCACUCGCCGGUGUACCCUUGAGGCCGCUGUUCAGGAUGAGGGCCAUGCCCGGGUUCGUUGGCGAGGAGUGGACGGUCGCUCUUUGAAGCUCGUCUACUGUCUCACCGAAUGUCGUCUCCACGAGGCCCGUUCUGCGGAUCCUAAUCAGCAGCGCCGCCAUCAGCAGCUUCGAGGUCAGCGGCAGGCCUCGGAGGUGCUGCUGGACGGGGUUGGAUGUGGCCUCGUUGAUGGCUUUCUUGAUUGUCGCGAUGGUGACGCGGCCGCGGCGAGACGCAUCGUGCGCCCCAGACUUGCUCGGCGUCGUGGGGUCACCUUGCACGUCGCCCUCGGCGAGCUCGACUGCGCGCCGGCAGAUGUCGAGAGCCCUUCGGGCGUCUCCGCUCACGGCGGCGACCUUGCGGCUUGCAAACUGAAUGGCAUCUGGGUCGACGAUAUUGCCGGGGACGCCUUCCAGCCGCGAUUGUAUAAUUCUCAUGAGCUGUUCAUGUGUGUAUCCUGGAAAGGUAAUGCGGGUGAGGCCUAGAUGGUUGGUUAGCUCCAAACCUCUGUAGAUACUCAGGAGCAUGGUGUUUGGGAGUAAACGGAUGACUUAGAGGAAAAGACUUGCCUAAGCGACU